UUUUAGUGUUAUGUAAUACACAUCUGGUACUUCGCAGACAGCGCGAGCCACAAUAAAACUACAAUACCCACGAGGCACCAAGAAGACGGUUGACGUGAGAUUACAAUGGCUCAUGGGAAAGUGAAAAUACAAGAAUUGUAAACGCCAACAUUUGUUUAUGCCACCUUGCACAGUAACUAGAAAAACUACAACUCCCAGAAAAAGCUUUACCCGGAAGUAGAGUCGUAAUGUCAACAGAUACAUGGAGCUGUCGACGUGAAACAGACGGUCUUUUUUUUUUUUACUUUUUUAAAUUACAAAACGUAGCUUUGGUGUUUUAAAAAAGUCGGUUGAGGAUGAGAGGCGUUAGUGUUAAAGCCUUGUCCUUUUUGCUGUUGUUCAUAAGUUUGUGUGUGUCAGAGCGAGCAGAGAGGGAAAACUCACUGUCCUUGCAUGAGAGAGAUGACGAUGGAGGAAAUGUGAAACAACAGGACAAUAUUAUAGCCGAAGAAGGGCAGACAGUAGAAAACCAUGAAAAAGAACAUGGUUUGAACCUCGAUUCAAACGAGUUACAGAAGGAUGGGUCAUCGCUCAGUAAGUCCAAUGACACCACCGACAACUACAGCAAUGACACCCUUCACUCAACAACAACUACUGUCAAGCCAACUACCCCGGCACCCCCAACAGUCAAGCCCAUUCUCCCAGUGCAGACAGGGGUUAAGGCCCAAGAAGAAGAACAGUCCAGCGGGAUGACCAUAUUCUUCAGCCUGCUUGUUAUUGGUAUUUGCAUCAUAUUGGUGCACCUGCUCAUCAAGUUCAAGCUGCAUUUUCUUCCAGAGAGUGUGGCUGUUGUGUCCUUAGGGAUUCUAAUGGGAGGCUUCAUUAAGAUCAUUGAGUUCCAGGAACUGGCCAACUGGAAGGAGGAGGAAAUGUUCAGACCCAACAUGUUCUUCCUUUUGCUUCUGCCACCAAUCAUCUUUGAAUCUGGAUACUCUUUACAUAAGGGUAACUUCUUCCAGAACAUUGGUUCCAUUACCCUCUUUGCUGUGAUCGGCACAGCUAUCUCUGCCUUCAUAGUUGGAGGAGGCAUCUAUUUCCUUGGCCAGGCUGAUGUCAUCUAUAAGAUGACCAUGACUGAUAGCUUUGCCUUUGGCUCACUGAUCUCAGCUGUGGACCCCGUAGCUACCAUCGCCAUAUUCAAUGCACUCAACGUGGACCCAGUCCUUAAUAUGCUGGUGUUUGGUGAAAGCAUUCUCAACGAUGCUGUCUCCAUUGUCCUCACCAACACAGCGGAGGGUUUCUUUUCCCGCUCAGACAACUCCACGGUAACAGGCUGGGAGACUUUUCUACAAGCUCUGGGUUAUUUCCUUAACAUGUUUUUUGGUUCUGCUGCACUGGGAACCCUCACUGGACUCAUCUCAGCUCUUUUUCUGAAACACUUUGACCUGAGGAACACGCCAUCGCUGGAGUUUGGGAUGAUGAUCAUCUUUGCCUACCUUCCUUAUGGACUGGCAGAGGGAAUCAAAUUAUCUGGAAUAAUGUCUAUCCUGUUUGCGGGAAUUGUGAUGUCUCACUACACCCAUCACAACCUAUCUCCUGUCACCCAGAUCCUUAUGCAGCAGACACUGCGCACUGUGGCCUUUAUGUGUGAGACGUGUGUGUUUGCGUUCCUCGGCCUUUCCAUCUUCAGCUUCCCUCAUAAAUUUGAAAUAUCAUUUGUAAUCUGGUGCAUAGUCCUGGUUCUUGUUGGCCGUGCUGUGAACAUCUUCCCUCUGUCAUUUUUGCUGAACUUCUGCAGGGACCACAAGAUCACACCCAAAAUGAUGUUCAUCAUGUGGUUUAGUGGUUUGCGAGGUGCUAUUCCCUAUGCUUUGAGCCUUCAUUUAGGCUUGGAACCCAUUGAGAAGCGUCAGCUAAUCGGCACCACCACCAUCAUCAUCGUGCUCUUUACCAUCCUCUUCCUCGGGGGUGGCACCAUGCCACUCAUCCGUAUCAUGGACAUUGAGGAUAGCCAGUCACGGCGUAAAAACAAGAAAGACAUCAAUCUCAGCAAGACACAAAAGAUGGGUAAUACCAUUGAGUCAGAGCAUCUAUCAGAACUGACAGAGGAGGAGUAUGAGGCUCAAAUCUACCAGAGGCAAGAUCUAAAGGGCUUCAUGUGGCUGGAUGCUAAGUACCUUAACCCCUUCUUCACUCGCAGGCUUACACAGGAGGACCUGUUACAUGGCCGGAUCCAAAUGAAGACUCUGACCAACAAGUGGUACGAAGAAGUUCGACAAGGACCGUCGGGCUCUGAGGACGACGAAGACGAAGCCGAACUUCUCUGAUCACUUUCACUUUGAAGGCAAUUUAUGGACAUUGUGUGUCUUGGGCUGUGGUUUGUGUGUCCGUCUGUGAAAAUGAGCAUACUUUUCAUUUCCCCCACAGGAAUGUGUGGAAUGUGUCAAGUCAUAGUCUGAGUAAAACUCACAUUUAACACUGUAAAACUGGAUGAGAAAAAACAUGUUGUUACUUUCUAAAGAAAUUGGCAGGGUAUCUGAUUGCAUGCACCAUUGACUUGUUGAAGGGCAGGAAGGGAGUUUUGCUGAUUCUGAGAAACUUUUCCUGUGUGUGUGUGGUUUUUUUUGUUUGUUUGUUUGUUUGUUUGUUUGUUUGUUUGUUUGUUUUUUUUUAUAUGUAUGAAUCUUUCAAUCUGAAGGGAAACCUCAAGUGAUACUGUGAUGGAAAUGUUCAGUUCUAAAGCACCUUAUCUCUUCCCAUUUGUAUGGCUCGAUUCUAUUUGGCCCUUGCUUAGUUAAAAGUACACUGGAAGUUUUAAUGAUUGUGAGGAGAAAGAUACAAUACAGUGGCGCUGUGGGAUCUAUUUGUAUACUGCCAGAGGUUUGAAUAGCUAUUUAACUAGAUUUAAUUCUCUCCAAGUCUCCACAUUUGUGUUCAAUAAUUAUUCUGAGUAAAUUUUAAGCACAUAUAUUGAUACAAUACAAGAUUAAAAAAAAAAAAA